AGCAUGGGAGACAGGGGCGGCUUCCGCGGCGGCUUCGGCGAUCGAGGAGGACGUGGACGUGGACGUGGACGUGGUGGAGACAGAGGAGGCAGGGGCCGCGGUCGCGGUCGCGGUCGCUCCGAUGGCGAGAAGGAAGACUGGGUUCCAGUCACCAAGCUCGGACGCCUUGUGAAGGCCGGAAAGAUCAAGUCUUUGGAGCACAUCUACUUGUUCUCCAUGCCCAUCAAGGAGUACGAGAUCGUCGACUUCUUCUUGGGCCCUCCUGGUGCCAACAAGCUCAAGGAUGAGGUGAUGAAGGUCCAGCCUGUUCAGAAGCAGACCAGGGCCGGUCAGCGCACUCGCUUCAAGGCCUUCGUGCUCGUCGGAGACUUCGACGGACACGUUGGUCUCGGAGUGAAGGUCGGCAAGGAGGUUGCCAACGCCAUCCGUGGCGCCAUCCUCGCUGCCAAGUUGGCCGUUGUUCCUGUCAGGAGAGGGUACUGGGGUAAGAAGAUCGGUCUUCCCCACACCGUUCCCAACAAGAUCCACGGCAAGUGCGGAUCCGUUCACAUCCGUCUGGUGCCUGCUCCCCGCGGUACCGGCAUCGUUGCGGCUCCUACCUCCAAGAAGAUCCUCCAGUAUGCGGGAAUCCAGGAUUGCUUCACCUCGUCCUCGGGAUCCUCCGCUACCCUCGGAAACUUUGCCAAGGCUACCUUCAACGCUCUUGCGGUGCUCUACGGAUACCUCACCCCUGAGCUCUGGAGGGAGACCAAGUUCACCAAGCAGCCCUUCCAGGAGUUCACCGACGACCUCUCUGCGUCCAAGGUGAUCAAGUCCCGCGGCGCUGCUGACAAGUACUCGUAAACGUCUCUCGCUCAUCGCCACUGGUCAGCCGCUGUGAACACGCCCACUGUUGCAGCAUGCUUCCUCGGGGUUUGAGGGAGCAUGUGCGAGACUCUGGUCCUUUUACCGGAGAACGCAUAAUUCGACCAUUGCUAUAGAUUCUUGAGAGAAAGUUCGAUAAUAAAAAAGUAGAAAAAUUUAUACA